GCGCAGAUGUGUGUGUGUCAGGUUUAGUGAGAGCAGGAAUAGCACUUCUGGGGGAGUCACGAAUUGCUGAGGCUCUAAAACACGAAAGAUGUCGUUCGCCAGUGACAAACUGUACGACAAAUACCUGCGGCCUAAUAUGCCGAAGAUUGUGAGCAGGGUGAAAGUGAGGGAGAUAAUGAUCCAUCUGCCUUGCUUGACUGCUCACGACAGGGACACUAUAGAGGCAAAAAGAGAGACUUGUGGGAAUUACGACGGCAUGGUGCUUCUCCUGGACUGUCUGAAGAGGAGAGAAAACUGGGUGGAGCAGUUCAUCGCGGCACUCGAGGCGUGUGAGCAGCACUCUAUAGCAGCUGAGAUCAGAGCAGAAUACAACGCUCUGAGAGGCAUUAACAAUCCCAACCCCAGCACCCCUCCAGCGAACGUCGUCAGGGCACACGUCCAUCCAGCACCAUCUGCCAGCGAGCUGUCCGUUCCAGGAAGUGGCGGCAACAGUCAGGCUGCUGUUGCUCCGCCAGCUGAAGCAUCAGCUCCUCCAGAGCCACCUGCCCAGGCCUCACCCCGUCUGGAAACCCCUGUGCAGCCACAAGCACCAGCAGCCCAAGUUCCCAAAGCUGCCUCCCCACCUGAGCCUGUCCCUGAGCCUCCACAGUCCACUGAAGCUGCAGCGGCACCCUCCCCUCCAUCAACACCUCCUCCCUCACCUGAAGUCCACCACCCUCAAGCAACCACACCCCCGGCACCACAGAGGGAGAUUAAUGCUCACCUGGAGCCAGAGGAAAACUCUGAAUCAGACAUCCAGGAUGUUUCUGGUGUGAUUCCUGAUCAAGUGAGAACAGACGCUCCGUGCCAGACAGCUUCUCUCCAGACUACAUCAACCAUCGAGGUCAGCCCACCACAGAGCCCCUCCUCAACUCAGACAAACUCAGAUGUGACCGAUGGAUCUUCUUACCACAUGCCGACCCCAGAGAAGCCUCCAGUCCAGGACACCAUGCCUCCUGAGGACAAAGAAUGUGCUGCUGUCCUGCAGCCUGAAGAAACAUCUGAACCUCCCACUAGACAGGUUAUCGAAAGCAGCCCGCGGACAGAAACUACAGCUUCAACCUCCACCCUGCCUGGUGCUGCUGGGAUUGACAUCUCUCUCCAUGAUGAAACCUCUGUGUGUCUGAGCAAGCCUGGCCAACUCGUCAGCAUCCAACCACAAAAUCACAGCAACCCUACCAUCCUUGCACCCAGCUCCUCGGUGGCGCCGUACUCAGGUAACAGCGAGCGUCUGGAAUUCAGCGAAUCUGCGCCAGACACUGUGGUCUCUGCCCAUGUCCCUGCAUGCUCAGCCGUCAUCUCCAACACCGUCAACUCAGCCUCCGCUCUGCCAUGCGAGGAGAACGGCAUCGCUCUCGACUACAACGAACCGGAGGAGAACCACUACGAGUCUCCCUGUCUGAGCUUGGACGUGCAGGACGUACAGGUGAAUGUGGUGCACGUGGCCGAGGAGCCGUCUAUCCUUAACCUAGACGGCCAAAUCUCAGCGCCGCAAGUCAACGGUGAAGCAGCCAGAGAGAUCACUUCUGCACCACCAACCAGCAUCACUGCUGAUACUGUAUCUAGUUUAAACAACCCCUCCGGUGUAAACUACCACCCCUCUGCACCUGUGCCAGCUGAUACUGCACCAGAGCAGAAGACGCCGCAGGAUUCAGAGGAGAGGACGGCCCCUCACACCCCGCCAUCUAACACAAAGUACAUUCUGACCGCUGCAGGAGUGGGCGCCUGUGCACUGCUGAUUGCGUGGAGGUUUAAGAAUUAAGGAGAUUUAAUACCUUUAAAGGAAGAGAAGAUUAGAGAUUAAAGCUUUUGAAAGAGGAUCUUAAGGGUAUGGUGCCUUAUUGUAGUCACUGGACUGAGGUGGCAUGAGCCAGCUGUUUAAUUAUUACCCACAGUAAUAGCUGACCGACCAGAACUUUGAUCAUGUCAUUAAUUACUAGUAUGUUGUUAAGUUGACUAUAUUGUAUCGUUUUAAUGUUGAAUGACCUUAGUGAGCAAAAAAAAAAACAAACAAAAAAAAAACACCCAUCUUCUUCUAGUUAGGUUGAGAUCUCAGGUCGUUUAUACACUCCCUGCAAUUAUGUGUUUUGUAAAGGUGAUAUUAAUGAUAGAAACGUUCACUUGUCUGAUAAGCACUUUCUAGAUAUGGCUGUUGGCUGUCAUGCAUUGAGGAUUAUUAUAAUAAGGACCUGAAUUGUACUGGACUGGUGGAAAAAGUACCUGCAUUACACUGGAAUUUUUCUUCUCCUGUGGAUAGUCGGAAAUAGGGCUGUGAGUGACUGCUAGUGCACCGUCUGUAUUUAUUUGUACAUAUAUAUAUAUAUACACUUUAUCUUAAUUACCGGUAUGUAUUUCAAGAAAACACAGAUAUGUCAGAAACAUUCCAAAGCACUCAUUGUGUGUUUUAAACCAAAUAUUCAACAAGAAUCAGUCAGCUAAUAGUUUUAGUUUCAUAUUUUGCAUAUUUCAGGUUCAGCAGUGUUUCCCAAACUUUUUAAAAACCAUCACAACCCUCGAUAGAGAUUUUUCUUUUUGUCGCACUGUCCCCUUGUUUCUGUCUGAGCCAGAAAGCGUGUUGUGUUACUGUGACAUGUGGCAGUUAUUGCUUAUGUCUUCUGUUUUGAUGUUUGAAAACAUAUUACAGCUAAAAAAUUUUUAUUGAAAUUAGCGUAAUCAUCAUAAUGAAAUAUUAUUAAAGAUGUACGAUGAAAACCUUGGGAACCUCUGGUCUAGACAGCCUCAACUGCUUACUGGCUAUCACCUUGUGUAAAUGUUUGAAAUGAUGUAGUUUUUUCAUAGGUUUUCUUCUUCUCCAUCAAAUAGAAAACAAGUUUGAAUGUGUCAUGUGCUCUGUCAGGUGAGAGAUUUUAUUGUAAAAAGUAUUGUCGAUACACGAAAUGUCAGGAAAAAAAAGAGCAAUUUAGAGCGUUUUGCACAUUGUAAGAUGAUAUUUGAGCUUCAGAGAUGCUUUGUAGAAGAAAGGUAUCGUACACAUGUAAAUUGUGAUCCCAGUUUAAGUUUUGUCUCAGUUUGUAUGCACAGUCUCUAGCUAUGCACUUAGCAAUCACAUCAAUAAACCUGAAAUGAUGA